AUGGCAGACAAAUUCGUCACCGCCCACGCAGGAGCCAAAAAGGCAGAAGCUAGGGUAAAUGAUAUAUUUGUCGUAAGACAGAUGCACGACGAGGGACUUAGGGACUUCUUAGCUCGGUUCAACAGGGUGAGAAUGAGCUUGCUGAAUGUGUCAGAAGGAAUGGCAGUAGCAGCCUUCCAGAACGGAUUAAAUAGAAACGGGUCGAGAGCGACCAGAAAAUUGCUAAGCAGGCUCAUGAAAUACCCUCCAACUACUUGGGAAGAAAUCCAUAAUGCCUACUGCACCGAGGUACGAGCCAACGAGGAAGAGCUCAACGGUCCGACCCAACGGCUGACGUCACUUCAAACUGAAGCAAGGAAAUAUCGUCGCAACGACGAUCGAAGAGAUCAGUUGGGACCCCGCCUCGGUCGGGAGAGGCAUCAACACUAUGUUAGGACGUCUCCCCCGCCUCCACCAUGGCACACGGAUGCUCCUCCUCGAUAUACAGCACCAUAUCGACACGAGAAAGGUAUGCCUCCACUCCUAUCCGCUCACAAUUUUCGUAUUUAUCCUUCAGAAAUAGUGUACGCCCUAGAGAAACUCGGUCCAAAGGUGCAAUGGCCGCAAAAGAUGAGGUCAGACCCCAGCACUCGGAAGUCGAGUGCUUUUUACCGAUUUCACCAAGAAAGGGGUCACAAAACCAAAGAUUGCAUAGGACUACGACAGGAUAUAGUACGAAUGUUAAGCCAGGGACAUCUGAAAGAGUUGCUGAGCGAUCGAGGACGGGAUAACUUUGCCCGCGGACGCGAACAGCCCCAAGGACCUCCAAAACCGCCUUAUCCCGCUCACACCGUACAAAUGAUCAUCGGUGGGGGCGAUGGCGCAACAAUCAAUCAUGUCAAGUUCACCACCACACAUAAACUCAAACGAUCAAUCACCCAUGAACGAUACUGA